UUAAACGUGUUUUAAAAUAGAGUAGUAUUUCGGGCAAAUUAUUAGAAAUUUUAGGUGAGCAUUGUGGUCAUGAUAAAUUUUGUCCAUUUCCUUUCAGACAGUGUGAUAAGAGGGAAUGAUAAUGACCUAAUCUAAAAGAUUUUCUUUAAUCGUCGUAAUCAUUCUUGGUAUUUUCACACAAUAAAAUGAAGAAUAUAUAAGAAAGCAUGAAUAAAUAACGCCACUAUGUCAGAGACCAUUCAACCACUUACAGCCCCUAUUUCUCUGUCUACAUAUCACCAACUUAGUUUGACAGUUGAAUCUGCUAAUAUAAGAAGUUCUGGACUAUUUAAACCAAAUCCCUACCUACAAGUGAUCAUUGAUGAUAAUAUAUCAAGGAGGACUGAAGUUAUAAAGAACACUUUACAUCCAAAAUGGAAAGAAGAGUUCACUGUCCUAGUCACUCCUCUAUCAAAAAUUGUUUUUCGUUUGGCCGACCACCAUAGUUUUAGGAAAGACAACAUCCUUGGUGAAAAGAGAGUCAACUUUCUAAAAGUUCUCUUAUAUUUUAAUGGGAAAAUUGAAAAUGUUGAGAUGACACUAGAUUUAAUGAAGACUGUAUCACAAGAUAAUUCAUCUAAUUCAAACACAGAAGUAAAAUCAGCAGAAUUAGUUCUACUCUUAGAUGGGUUAAGAGUUGAUCCAGCAAUUUUAAGUCAAUCACAUGAAUUGUAUGGAGAGCCCAUGAAUUCAAGAAGUCCACUAAAUGAUGGUGUUCGUGCAAGAAUUAGAUUACGCAAUAAUUCUGAGUCAUUCCGAUCGAUGGCAAGACAGCAAAAUUUAAGACCCCCGCCGGGUCCCCCGCCGCACAGCAACGGCGCGAUUCCCGUGGCCGCGGACGGCGCGGGCCCGUCGCACGCGGACACGGACGCGCACGCGCCGCUCGCGCACGCGCCGGCGCUCGGGCCCACCCCACCGCCGCCGCCGCCGGCUAGCAACGCGACCCCUGAGGAACCACUGCCGCCUGGAUGGGAAAUGAGAUACGAUGUCUAUGGUCGGAGAUAUUACGUGGACCACAACACGCGUUCCACGUCGUGGGAGCGGCCGCAGCCGCUGCCGCCCGGGUGGGAGGUGCGGCGCGACGGGCGCGGGCGCGUGUACUACGUGGACCACAACACGCGCACCACGACCUGGCAGCGGCCGGACACGGAGCGGCUGGCGCGCUUCCAGCUCUGGCGCGGCGAGCGGCGCCACGUGGUCGCGCAGGGCAACCAGCGGUUCCUCUACCCGCAGCCGCAGCCGCCGCACCCGCCUAAUAACCAGGACGGCGAACAAGAACCGCCCACUGGUAGCAGCGUCAGCGUGGCUGGCAGUUCUAGCGCGAGCACUAGCGGCGCUGGUGCGGCAGGUGCGGCAAGUGCGGCGGGUGCGGCAAGUGCAGCGGGUGCGGCAAGUGCGGCGGGUGCGGCGGAGGACGGGCUCGGCGCGCUGCCGGCCGGCUGGGAGCGGCGCGUGCAGCCCGACGGACGGGUGUACUACGUGAACCAUAAGAAUCGAACUACUCAGUGGGAGGACCCGAGGACUCAAGGUCAAGAAAUCAGUGCAUUAGAGGAGGCUCUACCGCCAGGCUGGGAGAUUCGUUUCACAGAAGAGGGCACGCGAUACUUUGUAGACCACAAUACAAGAACUACCACCUUCCAGGACCCGCGGCCGGGCGCGCCGAAGGGCCCGCAGGGCGCGUACGGCGUGCCGCGCGCGUACGAGCGCUCGUUCCGCUGGAAGCUCAGCCAGUUCCGCUACCUGUGCCAGAGCAACGCGCUGCCCAGCCACAUCAAGAUCACGCUCGCUCGCCAGACGCUCUUCGAGGACUCCUACCACCAGGUUACCGGCGAACUUUGUGAAUGA